AUGGUAACCCUCUAUCAAUUACUUUUGUUUAUAGUCAACCUGAUCAUGCCAAAAGAGAAGAAGUCUGGAGCUAAACUUUUUCAACAAACUUUGUCUGAUCUAGAACUCUGUGAGCUUGAGGCUAAGGGUCAAAGAUUUACAUGGAUGAACAAAAGAGAAGAUGAAGCCUUUGUUAUGGAGAGAUUGGACAAAACUUUUGCCUCUGUAGAAUGGAUAAACUCAUAUCCACACUAUGCGCUUAAGAUUCAACCUAUCUUACGAUUUGAUCAUGGCUCAAUUAUACUGGACUUUGAGAUGCAACAACCAUUCAGAAGGAGGAUUUUUAGGUUUAAAAGAAUGUGGCUUACGCAUGAUAAGGAUAUGGUUCAGAAUGCUUGGAAUGUCCAUACUCAAGGUUCUCGAGCUUUCAAAUUGCAGCACAAAAUUACUAAUGUGAAGAAACAAUUCAUUGAAUGGAACAAGCAAGUGUUUGGAAAGGUGAAAAAGGAAAUUAAAGACAAGCAAAAGAAACUCCAAGAUCUCCAAGACUCCAUUCAAACCUUUGCUGAUGUCAGAUAG